GGUCCUGGCUGGGAAAAAUUAAAACCAAACCUUAGACCUCUGUCAGACUGUGAAGAAAAUUAUAUUUUUGAACUAGUCUACAGUGUGGACAGGAAAUGACCCCUUCACAAACUGCUUCUUUAAAAACAAGCAGUGGUGCCUGAAGCUAUCCAGUCUCUCUCUCUCGCUCUCUGGAGCUUGUUCUCUCUCUCUCCUCCCCCUUCUCUCUCUGCCUCCUGCUAUAGAAGGGCUUCAACAGCAGUUUCCAGCCAGCGUGUUCCGUGUGUGUGUGUGUGUGUGUGUGUGCAUGUGUGUGUGUGUGCGUCCGUCUGUGUGGAUGUGUGUGUGUCUGUCUCUGCGUGCCUGCCUGCUGCUACUUUGUACUGUGAAGAACACACAGCCCAUGUGCUCUGUAUGGAUGUUGAUGAUACUCUGUGUAGCUUGAUUCUCUGCAAGCAGGCAAGAUGUCCAGCACACCACAUGACCCUUUCUAUUCUUCUCCUUUUGGCCCAUUUUAUAGGAGACACUCACCAUACAUGGUGCAACCAGAGUACCGAAUCUAUGAAAUGAACAAGAGGCUGCAGUCUCGUACAGAGGACAGUGAUAACCUCUGGUGGGAUGCCUUUGCAACUGAGUUUUUUGAAGAUGAUGCAACCUUAACCCUUUCAUUUUGUUUGGAAGAUGGACCAAAGCGAUACACCAUUGGAAGGACCCUAAUUCCUCGUUAUUUUAGUACUGUCUUUGAAGGAGGUGUAACAGACCUGUAUUACGUUCUCAAGCACUCAAAAGAGUCAUACCACAACUCAUCUAUCACAGUGGACUGUGAUCAAUGCACCAUGGUCACCCAGCAUGGAAAACCCAUGUUUACCAAGGUAUGCACAGAAGGGCGUCUUAUCUUGGAAUUUACCUUUGAUGAUCUUAUGAGAAUAAAAACAUGGCACUUUACCAUUAGACAGUACAGAGAAUUAGUCCCACGCAGCAUUCUAGCCAUGCAUGCACAAGACCCUCAGGUGCUGGAGCAGCUGUCCAAAAACAUCACCCGAAUGGGUCUGACUAACUUCACCCUCAACUACCUCAGGUUGUGUGUAAUAUUGGAGCCAAUGCAAGAACUGAUGUCAAGACAUAAAACCUACAAUCUAAGUCCUCGGGACUGCCUGAAGACCUGCUUAUUUCAAAAAUGGCAGAGAAUGGUGGCACCACCAGCAGAACCCACAAGACAACCAACAACCAAACGGAGAAAAAGGAAAAAUUCAACUAGCAGCACUUCAAACAGCAGUGCUGGAAACAAUGCAAAUAGUACCAAUAGCAAGAAAAAAACAGCAGCUGCAAACCUGAGUCUGUCAAGUCAGGUACCUGAUGUGAUGGUGGUAGGAGAACCAACGCUGAUGGGAGGUGAAUUUGGGGAUGAAGACGAAAGGCUUAUCACUAGACUAGAGAACACGCAAUAUGAUGCAGCAAAUGGUAUGGAUGAUGAAGAAGACUUCAACAAUUCACCUGCCUUGGGAAAUAACAGCCCCUGGAACAGCAAACCUUCUGCUAACCAGGAGACCAAAUCUGAAAAUCCCACACCACAAGCUUCCCAAUAGGUUAUUCUGCAGCAUUAUCCACUGUUAUAUAUGUCAGUGGAUUAUAAUUACUAUUUCACAACAUUCUUUUAAAAAAAAGUUCCAGAUACAAUAUCUAUUUCUAAACUACAGCUAUCUGAUUUUUUUAAUUAGAGAAAAAUCAUAUAUAAGCUUUCAUGUACUUUUCUUGGAAGCUUUCAUACAUGACACGAUACUGGCACUGACCUCAAUUAAAAUAAUUGAAAAUUAAAUAGCACCUCGUGGCAAAUUUCAAACAAAACUUUUUGUUGGAGAGGUCUUUUUUCCUCAUCAAACAAAGGCCAUAUUUUAACAAGUCAUCAGUGCUCAGGAUCUCGUUAACAUAACUAUGGAAAACUUUUUAAAAAUUGUAAAAUAUUUUCUGCUUUUCAACUUGCACCUAAAAUUUCUUGUUUCAGAAAAAUCAGCUUUUUAAAAGUAACUUAAAGUAACUUUAGUUCUUUCUUUAAAUCUUCUUUCAUUGUUUAACCAUUUAAAGGAUCCAGCAUUUUUAAUUUAUAUUGUAGCUGAUGCCAGUAGUCCUUCUGUCAUUAUUCAAAAGUGCUGAAACAAGAAAUGUCUUUUUUUUUCAUCAAAGACAUGAAAAAUAUUUUUAUGUGGAGAAAGAUGCCCUGUCCUAUGAGAGUUUAUGCUUUGUAAAAUUGCUGUUGAUCCAGAUAUUUUAAAGCCAUGUAAUCCAUUCAUUUUGUGGGCAGCUUAAUAAAUCUAAAACUUUUGUGUUUUUAUUAUUGUAUCUGAGUUGGCUUUGUUGUUAUUUCUUUUCAUAGUAUAUUUCUUGUAUCAUAUUUUUGUAAAGCCCUGGAGCCCUUAAACCAGUUAAUUUUUUUAUUAUUAUUCUGAUGUAUUUAUGUGAAACUUUAUAAAAGAAACUAAUUUUUUUCAUUUCCAUAUUAAUAUGUUCAUUUCAUCAUGUAAAAACACAGUGAGUCAGUGUGUUAUAUAAUACAACUGUAUUUUAUGUAUGCUUUGCCAAUAAAUGUGCCAAUAAACUGUGUUAACAAA